GUACUGAAAUUCUAUAAUAUACGUAACAUAAACUAGAUUUUCAGUACUGACAGUGAAUUUAGGAGCCUCAUUCGCACGUCGUCAAGAAUCGAGGGCGCCAAGUAACAAACAAUAGCAACAGGGAAUAGCUUGUAGUAGCUUGGAUGACAAUAGAAAUAAGUCUGAGUCCAAGUAAAAUAAUAAUAAUAAGAAGAAGAGCGAUAAAAAAUAAUAAAAUAAUCCUAUCAGCGCAAAAUUGUUAUUUAACUAGUGAAUAGUUAUGGAGAAAAAACGGAAGAUUGUUGUCUUUGAUUUAGAUCAGACUUUGUGGCCAUUCUGGGUUGACAGUAAUGUAACUCCUCCGUUCAGGAAAAAGUCUGAUAAGGUAGUAGAUGUACAUGGACGUAAUGUAAAAUACUUUGCUGAUGUACCUGAUGUCUUAAAACGAUUAUAUGAUGAAGGAUAUGAACUUGGUAUAGCAUCACGUACAACAGAAAUAGAAGGUGCCAAACAAUUACUAAAUCUAUUUGGCUGGGAGAAAUAUUUCAAGUACAUUGAGAUAUUUCCUAGUAGUAAAAAAGAACAUUUUUCCAACAUUCAAAAAAAUUCUGAAAUUGAUUACAAAGAUAUGCUUUUUUUUGAUGAUGAACCUAGAAAUAUAGUGGAAGUUGCUGUUCUUGGAGUACAUGCUGUGUUAGUCCCAGAUGGUGUGAAUCUUGAUCUUAUAGAAAAAUCUUUAGAAGAUUUUAGCAAUCAUUAUUUCAGAUACUAGAUAAUUGAUUAUUUGAAGUACUAGAUCAUUUUAAUGAUAUGUUAUACUUCAUGAAAUGUGUGUGCUGUAAACUUAAUUCAUAUAAUAAAAAAUAUUGUCAUAAUUA